AUGGAGCACGACACCAACAUUACCGACUCACUUGGCCACAUUACAACACUCAACCAAAAGUUGGCACAGCAAAUCGAGCUGCUCGAGCCAUUGAUCAAGUCACAAAUCGAACGUAUCAACUCACUCUCUCAUUAUAUAUGUCCUCCUACCGAAGAAUUGUUUAGAAAGCGUGUACUCGAUAUAUUAGAGAAAUCACCCAAGGAAAAGUUGGCAGCCAAUGCAACUAGAAACACUUGCGUUAUCUGUCUAGAGAAUCCCGCCAAUGUUUUGAUCAAGAGAACUUGUACAGUAUCUUCUCAUAAUCAUCAUAGUGAAGCGGCUAGAGAGAAUUCUUCUACAUCCUCUACUACUUCGACCACCUCUACUAGAUCCUCUUCUAGAUCUUCCAGAGGAUCGUCGUCAUCAUCAUCGUCGUCAUCAUCAUCGUCGUCGUCAUCUUCAUCGUCGUCAUCAAGAAAGAGAAUUGUAUGUGAUAGUGAAACAUGUCGUUGUGGGUCUACCAUGUGUGUAGAUUGUAUUAUAAAACAUUAUUGGAUAUCCAGUAAACAAGCAACCAAAUCAUUCUGUAAAUGUUGUUGUUGUAGAGCAGAGUUUUGUUUAAAGGAUAUAUUCUAUGUAGAGUAUGAAGAUGAUGGAAGUAAUAGUAAUAGUAAUAGUACUAGUACUUCCUCUACCUCUACAACCACUACCACUUCCAACAACAAAAAGAGAAAGGAAACUGAAGAUCCUGAACCACUCGAAUCAAAACCACAUAGAGACCAUAAAGCACUUAAACCAACACCACCGACUAGUCAAUCAAAUACAUCCUCCUCCUCGACCAAUUCAAGAAGAUCAAAUACCCAUCAUCAAACCAUUACUCCAAACACAACAACUACAACCAUAACAACAACUCGAUCAUCACCAAAUGUAAAUAGAAAUAACAAUACUACCACAACUACCACUACCGUCGCAAAUAAUGGUAAUGUUGGUAUUAAUAUUAGAGAUUUGUUAAGAAUUGGACUACUUCAUCGUAACAGUAGACAAGGAAGACCAAAUAGUGAAGAGAUUGAUGAAAGAGAUAUUAUCGAUGUUGACAAGGAAGAUGAUGAAGCACAAGAGGAAAGACAAGAAGAAGAAGAAGAGGAAGAGGAGGAGGAAGAAGAGGAGGAACAAGAGGAAGAAGAAGAAGAAGAAGAAGAACAAGAGGACUCAGAGGAAGAGGUUAGUGCCUGUCCUCGCCACACUAAAAAGAAGAAAAAGGCAAGUCGUCGUAGAAACCAAGAUCGUUAUCAUCAUCAUCAUCAUCACCAUGAAGAUCAAGACGACGAUGAUGAUAGUGAUGGUGGAGACAACAACAACGAUGCUACCUUUAACUGGCAACUAUUCCCACGUUUCAUUUUUGGAUCAAGAUAA